GAAGUCUCCUGUUAUCCCUGAGUGGCUUGACGCUGGUAGUAGGAAUGGCGGCUAUGAUCACUAGAGGAAGGAACCCAGAGACCCCGAAACUUUACGUCUAACGGCCCCGCCUGAGGAAUUUGUUUCUCACGAAACGCAGAAACGCCGUCCCGUUAACGGUUUAAAGGGAGAAGAAGUAUUAUAACGUGAGAUUAACGCGGUAGAUGUCCGGGCUGAGCGACUUGCUCGUUAGCUUGACGUUAGUGCCACUGACUUUGAAUCAACGGUAGCUGUUAGCUCGCCGCUCCACCAGCCUGGCUGGCCCAACAAGUUAACUAAGUGAUUAACUGUAUGAAAGCGUUCCGUAUUUGAGUCGCGGAGUGGGGAUCGGCUCUCUUUGUCAGCAGCUGGUAUUAGGGACUUUUACAGAGAGCGGGAUCAGACGACAACAAGUCGACUCGGCGCGUUGUGAACAUUAUUAUUCCUGCUAACCUCUACGUUAGCUAGUGCACUAACGCUAGCUAAGUUGGGAUCCUGAAGUCUCGCCCAUUUUUUGGAUCCUGCCCCAGCCAUUGGCUAAGGGCUAAUCAACAGCCAACUAGUCUGGUUUUCAGGUCCGAUUGGUACUACGAUGGAAAGUCUAACGUUGAGUGAUGUCGAGCAGAAAUAUUACUCGGAUUUGUUCGUUUACUGCGACACGGACAACACCAAAAAAGUGGCGUCCAACGGGAGAGUUCUUGACCUUUUCCGGGCGGCCCAGCUACCCAGCGAAGUUGUCCUGCAGAUCACAGAGCUGUGUGGAGCCACUCGGCUGGGUCACUUCGGGAGGAGCCAGUUCUACAUCGCUCUCAAGCUCAUAGCCAUCGCCCAGUCCGGGCUGCCCCUGAGGGUGGAAAGCCUCAACUCAGUCAAGGACCUGCCGCUGCCCAGGUUCGUGGUGGGCAAGAAUGAGGCAGAGGCGAGGCACGCAGCACUGUACCAGGACACAGACAGCCAGGGGUUGUACCCAGCCUCUGCCCAUGGGGUAAUACCCAGACCACCGGGGAGGGGACACCAGAAUAAGAAGGGCCCCCCAUCCUCCACUUCGCUUCCUGUCCACGAGGUCAUCCAGCCCCUGGCACCCAGCGUAGAAUCACAGCCCGAACCAACAUCCCCGGUGGUCUCCCCUCACCAGUCUCCCCCCACCUCCCCUCACUCCUGGAGGAAACACAAGCGGCAGCACAGCGGAGGAAAUGCAGACAGACCGCCGGUGGUGGCUGCAACUGGAGCCGUGUGGACGCAGUUCAGAGAACCACAGACAGGUCCAGUGUCCGGUGAUGGCAUGUGGUCGUCCCACUCGCCUCCUCCUCCAGGUCAGGAAAGUUGGGUCAGUUUCACAGCAGACACCCCACCAUCCAGCACGGUCCCAGCAAUGCACCCCUCGUCAGUCCAGGAAAGCACAACAAUACGAACAGUGGCCUCAGCAGCAACGACCAAUGAGAUCCAGCGACAGUCCAGCAGCUACGAUGAUCCAUGGAAGAUCACGGAUGAGCAGAGACAGUAUUAUAUUAACCAGUUCAAAACCAUUCAGCCAGACCUCACCGGCUUCAUACCCGGUUCAGCAGCAAAAGAGUUCUUCACCAAAUCAAAACUACCGAUUUUAGAGCUGUCACAUAUUUGGGAGCUGUCAGACUUCGAUAAAGACGGAGCGCUGACCCUGGAUGAGUUCUGCGCUGCCUUCCACCUGGUCGUGGCCAGGAAGAAUGGCUACGACCUCCCCGAGAAGCUGCCUGAGAGCCUGAUGCCAAAGCUGAUUGACCUGGAUGACUCAGCAGAGGUCCCGGAGCCAACUGCAGACGUUGGAUACUCGGGCUCCCCUGUGGAGGUCACCCCCAACAAGUCACCCUCCAUGCCUUCACUCAACCAAGCCUGGCCAGAGAUGAACCAGAGCAACGAGCAGUGGGAGACGUUUAGCGAGCGCUCCUCCAGCUCACAAACUCUGACCCAAUUUGACUCUAACAUUGCACCAGCUGACCCUGACACGGCCAUCGUUCACCCUGUCCCCAUCCGGAUGACGCCCAGUAAGAUCCACAUGCAGGAGAUGGAGCUGAAGAGGACUGGCAGUGACCACAACCACCCCACUAGUCCUCUGCUCGCCAAACCUCCUGAACUGUCCGAAGAAGCCAAACUACCUGCCUCUAUGAAGUUUGUAGCCGCCAACACUGUAGGUGAUGGUUAUAGCAGUUCAGACUCCUUCACAUCAGACCAGGAGCCAAUCACAAGACAAAGGUCUCAGUCUGGUACGUCUCCAGAGGCUCUGAAGGUGGUGGCCCCUCCUCCCCCUCCACCCCGCCCUCACCCCUCUCACUCCCGCUCCUCGUCUCUGGACAUGAACCGCACCUUCGCUGCCACUACAACCGCAGGACAACCACAACCCUCCACGAUAGCUUACCCGCCUGCUGUGCCUCCUCGACCGCUGCCGACACAGACAUCAGUACCACACACCGGGCAUCGUGUGGAGGCAGAGGCUGUACCAGGAGGCGGGGCGGUGCUCACCACCACCUCCCCUCAGCAGAUUCCUCAGCAGCCCAACUUCGCAGACUUCAGUCAGUUUCAGGCCUUCGCUGCUUCUGAACAGCCUUCCAGUCUGCCCGAGGUCGACAAACACAGCGAGGCGGGACAGGUGGAUAAGGCACCAGAGGGAGCUGGCCCUUUGAGAACAGUGAAGAGUGACAGCCAAGUAGAUGAGAGAACCUCAACUACUGUCAACUCUGUCAAAGGUUCAUCUGGUCCACUAGCUCCUCCUCCUAAACCCAUACGCCGGAGGUUGAAAUCUGAAGACGAGCUACGACCGGAGGACGAGCAGCACGGCCCGCAGAAAUCAAACGUCAUAGCUGCUGUCCUGGCUACUCAGCCCUCCAUCCCCAGGUCAGUAGGAAAGGACAAAAAGGCGAUUCAAGCUUCAAUCAGAAGAAACAAGGAGACGAACACAGUGUUGGCACGACUUAACAGUGAACUGCAGCAACAGCUGAAGGACCUGCUCGAGGAGAGGAUAUCUCUGGAAGUCCAGCUGGAGCAGCUCAGACCUUUCUCUCAUCUUUAACCAACAUGAGGAGGGAAACCUGGCUGUAGUUCAUCCGAAGCAAGGCUGUGGGCCUCAGUGUGACCCCUCCCUUCCAUCCCUCCCUCAUUCCCUCCCUCCUUCCUUCCUUCCCUCCAUCAUCCUGGCUUUCCCUGGAGGCUCCGACCUGCCGCAGGACGCUCCGUUAAAAACUCUCACACUCAAUCACACACUCAUCAAUCAUAAACCGGAAGGACCUGAGAGCACAGUCUUAAACCAAGAGGGAGGAGGUGACAGGAGUGUGAAGGAGGGAGGGUGGAGGAUUUUACAAAACUGGCACUUUUCAAUUUUUCUCCGAAGGUGAGGACAACAGCAAACUGAGAAACGGUUAGGAGAAGCGGACGAGACGCUGCAAAUGCUGGUGUCUGAUUACUUUACUCUCUGAAUGACUGAAGAAGAAAGGCGGAGUGUGUGAGUCACGUGUUUGUGUGACUGUUUGUGUAUUUGUGUUCCUGUUUAGUGACUUACAUGAGGCUGGCAUCAGUAUGUUUGUUCUUUCUCGGGGUGCAGACUCCGCCACACCAAAUUAAAAAUCGGGCAAAUUUAAAGAAACAACUCAACAUUUUGGAAGUACACCUAUACACCUUGUUUCUUUGAGUGAGAGGAGAAGAUUUAUAUCAAUCUUAUAAGCGUGAAUUACAUAGAUGAAAUCUGCAAUUAGCCUAGCUUAGCAUAAAGACUGGAAGCAGGGGGAAACUGCUAGCCUGGCUCUCUUCAAAGCUCAAAAAUGCAUCUAUGAGCACCUGUAAAAGAAACCGUAAUAUAAAAACAAUAAUUUGUGAUUACACACUGAAACUAUUUCAUGUAAUGCUAGAAAGAAAGUGAAUAAGUGUAUUCCCAAAACUAUUUCUUUAAUUGUCUUCUUGCUUACUGGCAUAACUUCAUUACCGUUGCCAUGAAUACGCACAUAUAUAAAAUGGGAGAAUAAUCAUGGAAAACAAGACUCUAAAAAUGUUUCUGCUUUAAAUAUCAUUAAAGACAGUUUGUUCUGCUGAAUGUCAGUGGCUCACCACCAUUUUCAAAAAUAAAAAUCAUUAAAAAUAGAUCACAGAAACAUGUUGCACCUCAUAUUAGAGGCUUUGAAAACCGUGGAGAGUCUAAAGCAAGAGCCUACGUUUGCCACUAAGCAAGGAAUGCAAAAUUGGCAUUUUUUUGACUGGAGUUUGGUGUGGUUGGUUUCCCCGUAAAACAUACAGGGCUGCCUCUGGACAGGACUCGUGUGUGUGUAUGUUUUUGUGAUGCCUUUAAAGGCUAAAUCAUCAUGGUGAAGGCUUUUUUGACUCAUCCUGUGACAUGACUUAAGCCCACAUCCCUCUCCGUACUGCCCCUUGAAGUCUACAUAUAAAUGUGUGUGUGUGUGUGUGACAGCCUGACAUGAUGAACGAAUGCUCUCUCUCUCUCUCUCUCUCUGUUUUCUUUUCCUCUCUUCAUGUUACACAUGUUUGGGGAUUGAUGUGACUGAAUGGUUUAACUUUAAUGCCAAAUGACUGAACUAUCACUCUCACCUCUACUCGGGCUGUGUUUUAAAGAAAAGAAAAAAUGCAACCUCUCCCCCCCCCUCCUUUCCUACAGUUUUUUUCCUUUAACAUAGCUGUGGCUCAACAUUUCAGCUUUCCUUUAAAAAAAAGAAAAAGAAAAACAACCUCUCAUUCUUGAUUCCUGAGGUUAUUUUCAGCCGUUAACUUCACCUGGAUGGGGAAGCAUUGAGACGUUCACUUGAAGGGUUUGGAGAGUUUUCAGCUGCUUGACUGCAGGAGGCGGCGUUUAUGAAGAAUUGUGUUGCUGCAGAAGAAGAAGAAGUUUUCCUGCGAUUUCCUGCUCAGCAAACACACAUGCACAGAUCCAAACCGACGGUGCAGAUAAGAGUUGAUACUGGUUUGAGAAUUCAGCUGUUUUCCAAUCGGGCAAUCGGCACUAUGCAAGCACGGGGGCGAUACAUCUCCACAGACCAACUAUACUUAGCUGUUUGUACUAUGAUAGUAGCAACUGUGUGAACAGUAUACUCUGGUUUUUGUAUCGUAGAUCUUCCAGAACACCAUCUACUGUAUGUUUGUGAUUCAUUUUUGCCUUUUUUUUUUUCGUACUGAUGAGCAGUCCACUUCCCCUGCCCCUCCCCCAGCUCCCGGCUACAGAGGGAAGUAAACUCAAGAUCAGUGUUUUUUGUUUGUUUGUUUGUUUUUUGUUUUAAUCAGGGCAGUUUCACCUGAAAUCUGCAAGAUGAAGCUUAACAGGACUACAGACGGAGACCAGUCAACAGCAUGGGAGACCUGAAUGACCCAACUGCACUUUGAACUUAACUCCCCCCAGUCCCCUCCUCCCUCUUUACUUUCUUUUUUUUUAUUUGUUACGUCCCUUCCUUAAACCUUUGCUUUCUUUUAACCUGCAUGUUGUUUUUGUCUUUCACGUGUAUUUAAACAGAAAAGAAGAUGCUUUAAGAUGAGAAAAAAAAAGAACCACUUGAGUUUUAUUUCUUCAGUACAACCUGGAAACUGUAAGGUUUUUGUGCCAGUACCCUAAAAUAUCCUGUCUUGUUUGGUUAUUUAGUUUUUUUUUUUUUAAUAAGUGUGUUGUCCCUGGAGCUUCCUGUGUGUUGGUGAAGAAUUUGUCUUCUUCUUAAAGCCUUACUCCCCCCCCCCCACUGGCGUUCAGGUUUCCACGGUGGCUGACUGACCUCUCUUCCUUGUUGUAUCAAGGCUCGCCUUCUUUUUUCUGCUGUUGAGGACGAUGAUGUACUUGGUGUGUGUGAGCGUGAGCGUGUGUGUGUGUGUUAUAUUGUUUCCAGACCUGGAACUAAUACCAUUUAAAACCCUAUUAAACACCUUCAUGUGGGAUUGAUUUAUGUUUGCUAGCACAAUAGCUCCCUCCUCAUCCCUAAACUAAAAAAAAAAGGCAAUCCAGGCAGGCAGAAGCAAUCAGUCGUUAACGAAGUCUUUGAUGGGAUUUUGAAUGCUAUUUGCUCCCAGAUCUGUGUUGUAUAUUGUAUAUGAUACACACUUUUGGACUCAUAUGUAAAUUUGCAUUAAUUGCUGACUAACAGCGAAAGAAUAUUCUAUUUAAUUCCUUCUCUCUUGGCUGUGGGAUCCUAGAUGUUUAACUGCAUGGAUGUACUGUAUCUCUGCAGAGUCAACUAGCAGCUGUGUGAUUUUUACACAAAAAUAAAAACGGCACAAUAUUUUAAA